AUGGAGUCGAUCGGUGGCCGGGAGACGCGUCGCCGGGACAGCAACUCGUCUACUGAUUCGUGGAGUGUCAUCAAUCGUUCCACAUCGGCCGCCUCAACGAAUCUCUCCUCAUCAAUUUCCUAUUGCUCAUCGUUUCGUGAUGGUGAACAAAAUGAGGAACAUGAGGAUGAGCUUUCCGAAUGUGAUUCUGAUGUGAGCACAGAGGAUAGCGAUUUGGAGCUGGAAGAGGAUUUGAGCGAGGUGGGCCAGGCUGAAGAGGCAAUGGAGAAUGGAGAAAGUGAAGAAGAAAAUGAAGAUAUGGAAGAAAAGGAAUCAGAUGAUGAAGAGGAUGAUGAGGAAGAUGAGGAGGAAGAGAAAGAUGAAGAGGAGGAAGAUGAUCAGAUGUCAUUGGUUGACGAAGAUGAGGCACUCGAGAAUGAGGCGGCUCUUCGAUAUGUGCCCGCUGAGAAAACGUCGAGACGUCUCGAUUUUCUGGCCAAACAAUUCGAGUCCCCAUUCGAUCAAUGGAUUGGCGGCGAGAGGAAUCGACCGUUCGUCUUCGGCUCGCUACUCGUUUGUUCGGCGAUCGGCUUGGCGAUAGUGCAAAUUAUUGGGAGCACAUGGCUGGCAAAUUUACCAAGAUCGGCAGUGUAUCAGGGUUCAAUGCGCGGCGAGAUGUUGCUCGAUUUGUCCCCCAUUGACGUCGGCCUGCAGAGCCGGCGAUUGGGACGAUUGCAGCACUUUGCCCCGAUUCACCCGCUUGGCACCGCGAAGAUCGAGUCGGCGCUUGGGCCCAAUGAGAAACUCUCAUCCCCGCGAUCGUUUACUUAUGGUAAUUGUACUCGUGAGCAGCUUCGCAAAGAAUGGGCAAUGAAAGCGGUCAAAGCGCUCAUUCAAUGGGCAAAUAACUUCACCGACAAUCAAUGCGCUCUCCGAGAAGUCUUUAAGGGAGAAACACUUGUGUCAUCACCGAAUCGCCCGAUCUAUGUCGUUCCCUCGAUUUCGUCUCCGUUGCCCGAUUUCGACAUCUCAUUGAAACCAAGCUUUACGCAUAGAAAGAUUUUUCGCCCAACUCUCAGCCAAUCAAAACGUCCGACAACCGAAAGGACACCGCGUCCCACUCAAUCACCUCCACCACCGCCUGUCAGUUGGAGGAAAAGACAGCAAAAGCCGAUUUCCACCCAUUCUUCCUUCCAACAAUGUCCCCGCUUGGUGUCGUUAGGAAAACGCGGAGAAAUCACGCACAAAAUGGCCCCACCACCAGCUGUUGGGAAGAAAUAUCGACACUAUAUAAAGACUUCCGAUGGAUUCUCUCGACGCUCCGCACAUCCUCAAAAUAUGCCAAAAAUUGCUCAAAAAUCAACACCAACAAUGCCCAGAAGCAAUCCGAAAUUCAGCAAGGCGCUUUUCAACCGAGCCGUUUCCUCUCCAAAAUUCACGAGAAAAGGCCCAAUCCCACCGCCAAAAGAGAGCAAGAAGCCAAACCGUCCAACCGCCGUGCAACAGUAUCGACCCACCAAGCAGCACAAGCCAUGCAAAAGUCGACCGGAGCCUUGUUGGAACGAUUUUCGAAUGGAAACGUUGAAGAGUGAAAAGAAAGAGAAAACAAGCCUUGUCCUUCGUAAAGAGUACUCGUUGACCGAAUCGAUUCAAGAGAAAAAGCAAAAUCCACUCAGAAAGUCUCAAAGAUCUGAGGUCUGCUACGGCUACUCGAAUACUUCAACGAACAUUGAGAAAAGGGGAAAAAUGGAGAAAAAGCGCCCAACCGUGCAGGGAUAUUGCUCGACGAUCUCUCGGAGUCGCUCGUUGAGCCGCGUCACUGAACCACAAUGUGAUCACCGAGUGUGGAAAAAUGCCACGAAGGCACAGCGCAAACCAAAACGACCAUGUCUCGAGCACAAGAAAGCGGUGCCGUGUCGCGAGAAUAACAAGCUCGACAAACAGAUUCGCCAACAACAAAAGAAGCGAUUGCGGAGAAAU